CAUUAGUUGUGUACAGCAAUCAUUUUGGAUGAUAGCACAGCACAGUGGGCCUUUUCUGAUAUGGUGUAAAAUCAAAAAACUUCUGUCCAGGAGGUGGACAAUUGUUGAGCGAGAUUAAGGUAAAGUGAAUGCAGGCAGUCCACCAUUUCAGGUUGAGGUUUCAGGGGCGUGCCACAUGUGUCAGCUAUUGAUCCUGAAUGAGAAAGUCACAGUUGGAAUUUGCCCACAGGGAGUUAUGUUUCAUGAAAAUGAUGAAAAAAUAAUGAAAUCUACCAGCAUUUGUUCUGAUGGAUCUUCAUGUCGGUACAUGUUCGCCACCUUUGCCAGAGUGAAGAAACCACGCUCACAUCUAUACUGGUUGCACAUACUUCUGCUGGUCGCCCUAUUUACAGCUCAGGCUUCCUGUAAUGGCACCUCUGCUGCUCCUUCCCCUCUUUCCAUUGCUACAACAAAUGCACAGACUUCAGUAUACUUCGUAGUUAAUGUCACCGUGGAUGUCAGUGGACAAAAGAAUGAAUCAGAAAUCACUGCCUGGCUGAGUCAGGUGUUCCAAAACAAUUUGCAGAGCUGCGUGUCUUCAGACCAAGGAACAACUGCCACGCCUACCUCUCCACAAACUACAUCUGCAAGCACUUCAAAUGAGACGACACUCAUUAUGACAGCAACAGCAACGUUUCAAAGCAACAACACAACUACAGCUGCAGCAACCCCAACGUCACAGAGCAACAACACAACUACAACUUCAGGAACCACAACGUCACAGAGCAACAACACAACUACAGCUGCAGCAACCCCAAUGUCACAGAGCAACAACACAACUACAGCUUCAGGAACCACAACUUUACAGAGCAACAACACAACUACAGCUGCAGCAACCCCAAUGUCACAGAGCAACAACACAACUACAGCUUCAGGAACCACAACUUUACAGAGCAACAACACAACUACAGCUGCAGCAACCCCAACGUUACAGAGCAACAACACAACUACAGCUGCAGCAACCACAACGUUUCAAAGCAACAACACACCUACAGCUGCAGCAACCCCAACGUCACAGAGCAACAACACAACUACAGCUUCAGUAACCACAACGUCACAGAGCAACAACACAACUACAGCUGCAGCAACCACAACAUCACAGAGCCACAACAAAACUACAGCUGCAGCAACCCCAAAGCCACAGAGCAACAACAAAACUACAGCUGAAGCAACCCCAAAGCCACAGAGCAACAACAAAACUACAGCUGCAGCAACCCCAAAGCCACAGAGCAACAACAAAACUACAGCUGCAGCAACCCCAAAGUUACAGAGCAUAGCACUGAGUUUACAGAGAAUAGCUCGUAACAUUGGGGACAGUGUGACACAAACCAGUUUAUUUUUCAGUGCAAUCAGUAAUGACAUAUCAACUGGCCUAUUUCAAGGAAUUAACGUUUCAUGCACCCCAACGACUGCAACAAUAAACAUCAACUGUUCUGUGAUGCUACAGCUGACGCAGAGCGUCCCAUCAUGUUGUAUACUGAGUACGCUCUGUGCGGCCAGUAAAACCUCUUCUGACAUUCAUGUGGUGGGAAAAACAGCAGAUAUAACGAAUCCACUACAAAAUCAGUGCAAUAACACUAUGCAAGAGCAAAACAGUUGCAUUUAUACAGGUCAAACCGGUGCAUCAUGUGAAGAGUCGGGGACUGCAUAUGUGAUGCCUCAACCCAACUCAACUUACUGUGGUGCAGAUAAGGUGAACAACACCUGUAACUGCUCUGCUUAUUGUAGUAGACCUGAGGCAUACUACACUUUUCAAAUUUCAAUACAAGAUUCCAUGAUUAACUUUUCAUAUAUCUCAUCCGUGAUUUCUAAGCUUAAACAACUACCAACAUGCCCUUCAAGUGGAGGUGUUUCAUGUCCAUUGUCCAACAUUGCAUCUGAAUACAAGGAUGCCAAUGUGAAUUGUGGAAGCACAGCAACAACUCUUCAAAGCUGCAAAGUCAUUUUAAGCUUUGCCCACGAGGUUCCUAUCUGUAACGUGUCAGCAGCCGUGAUUUAUGUGCUUCAGUCUGAGAAAGGAAUCAGUUACAAUGGACCAGUGACCCGAGCAGCAAUUUGUGGAAAUUCAGAAGUCAGCGACAAUCCACUAAACUCUGAGCUUGCGUGGUUUACCAUUAACCUACAGCCUGCUACCUUUUGUACAAGAAUAGAAGGAUCUUACACCCUCACUUGUCAAAAGGGAAUCAAUUUGGUUUUGCAGCUGGAAGAGCAGUGUAUUCAGGGGGUGUUUACUACACCCAGCCCAAAUGUGACAACUGCACAACCAAACACCACCACCUUGUCUGUAACUGUAACUUCAACCCCGCUGAACACAACAGCUCAAGCCCUGAAUGCCACCACCACUGCUGCUAAUGUCACGGUCACAGCUGAAAGCCAAGCCAACGCACUGCUUGAGCUGACCAGAGACGUGUCUAAGCUGAACUCCAGCCAGGUGAAUCAGCUGGUGUCUCAGCUGGAGAAACUUUUGUCAGGCCCGACCGUCAGUCUGGCCCUGGGGAACACUUCCAUCCACGUCGUCAGCAAUCUGCUGGGUGCUUCUCCUGAGGUGCUGUCAGACUCCUCCAACAGGAUUAUAGGGAUUGUUGACACAGUGGGGUUGAAGCUGGUGCUUAAUGGACAGGCUGAGACCCUCUUGUCCCCGGAUGUGGCUCUGUCUGUGAAACCAGCAGAUGGCAGCAACUUUCAGGAAACAAUUUUCUCCAUCUCAGACCCCAAUAAUGUACAGGUCCGUGGGGAUCCUAGGCUCAGAAGAAGUGUGAGAACAGAUCUCUCCAUCCCUCAGGGCUCCAUCACGCUGCCCUCCUCUCUCACACAGAACCUGACUACAGAGCAACAGCGGCUGGCCUCCAGAGUCCAGUUCAAUUUCUACCAGGAGAGCACAGUGUUCCAGGAUAGAUCUUUGGGAAAACGCAAACUUAAUAGUGGCAUCCUGGGAGCGAGUGUGGCCAACCUGUCAAUCACAAAACUGCAGGACGAUGUUAUAGUUCACUUGAGGAACACAGAGCCCAUUCCCGCUAAUUUUGUAGCUACAUGUGUUUUCUGGGACUUUACAUUAAAUGAUGGAUCAGGUGGUUGGAAUCCAAGAGGCUGUUUUGUCCGAAACAGCACAGACAACGAGAUAAUUUGUGGCUGCAAUCAUUUGACCAGUUUUGCUAUACUGCUGGACCUUUCCAAAGAGCCUGUAACAAGUCGUCUACAGGACAACAUUCUUACCUUUAUCACAUAUAUUGGCUGUGGAGUCUCUGCCAUCUUCCUGUCUAUCACCCUCCUCACCUACUUGGCCUUUGAGAAGUUGCGGAAGGACAUUCCAUCCAAAAUCCUUAUCCAGCUGUGCCUGGCUCUGCUGCUACUGAACUUGGUCUUCCUGGUGGAUGCAUGGCUGGCUCUCUAUCCAGACGCUGUGGGCCUCUGCAUCUCCACUGCCUGGUUUCUUCACUACUUCCUGCUGGUUACCUUCACCUGGAUGGGACUUGAGGCCAUCCACAUGUACCUGGCCAUCGUGAAAGUCUUCAAUAGCUACAUAUCACACUACAUGCUGAAGUUCUCGCUGGUCGGCUGGGGUGUCCCGAUGAUUGUGGUCAUUAUUGUCAUUGCAAUUGACAAGAAUAACUACGGUCUCGUCUCCUAUGGAAAGUUUGCCGAUGGCUCUAGUGAUGACUUCUGCUGGCUGAAAAAUGACAUUGCUUUCUAUGUGGCAGUGGUGGUCUAUUUCUGCAUCAUUUUUCUGUUUAACCUUGUCAUGUUCGUCGUGGUGUUGGUCCAGCUGUGUCGGAUAAAGAGACAGAACCCUCAAAAUUUGCAGCACCGCACCACGCUGCAGGAUGUGCGAAGCGUUGUGGGGAUAACAAUACUCCUGGGCCUCACUUGGGGCUUUGCUUUUUUCGCCUGGGGGCCUGUGAACCUGCCAUUCAUGUACCUCUUUACCAUCUUUAACUCCUUGCAAGGUUUCUUUAUAUUUGUGUUCCACUGUGCGGUGAAGGAAAAUGUGAGGAAGCAGUGGAGGACCUACCUGUGCUGUGGCAGAAUGAGACUAGCAGAGAACUCAGAAUGGAGCCGCACUGCAACACAGAAGACUGUGAAGAAGUCAUCAGUGACCAGACUAAGAUCUCAUCAUUCCUCAAAUUCUUCCCAAUCCAACAAUUUAUCCAGCUCCUCUUUCCUCGCCAAUGACUCUUCAGAGCAGAUUAAUGGCAUUGGUAGCCCAUUUGAAGACAGAUCAAUCACAGCGGAUGAAGUCCCCAGUACGGAUGUGGUCCUCAACGAGAUCAACAGGCAGUACAGAACCCAACAAGCGCCCUGAUCCAAAAAGGACAUCAGACUUUUGAACGGUCCUUAUUUUGAAAUACUUGUAUAUGUUAAUAGAGUAAUUUAUGUACCGUCCAUCUGCAUGUCAUAAUUUAUACAUGGCACUUAAUUAUACACUUUCCUAUAUUCAUACUUGUCUUAAUUAUAUUUGCACAAGGAACCAAAACAACCUUUAUUUUUUGUACAAUGAUGUUAUCAAUGUAAUAAGUCAUAUUCCAAUGGUAUGUUGCAUACAGUGAUGUUGACCCAUGAUCAAGUCAAUAUCAGAACAAGCCAACAGACUGGUCCAAGUUCAGUUUAACAACUU